AAUAUUCAAUCACGAGUGGCUUAUGAAUAUUUAAAGAUAACGACCUGCGGGACCCCCUUAUUUGCAUACUCAUAUCGCAGAGACGCUUUAUAUAUGUGCAAACGAGGCCAACUAACAUGCAAAUGAGCACCGGCCCCUGGACUAGUGGGAGUGUUUGUAUAUGCAGAUAAUAUGCUAAUGAAGACGGGACUUUGCCCUUUCACACCAAAGCAAAGGUACUGCCACCCCCGCUUUCUCCCCUCGGCUCUGACACUUAUCACUGGCAGUGAGGAGCGGAAGCUGAGGCAGGAGGAUGACAGUGAUGACGGCCGCCAUGAGGGGCAGUCCGAUAGACGGAGGGAUGGAUCGAGCCGCGCUCCUGCCAUGCGUGGGAGGUUUUAGGGAAGUCGCGGCCCCAGGACAAGGAGACGGAAUCCGUCGCCGGCUGACAGCUGUCAAUCACGCCUGGCUCCUUCCUCUUCCGGAUUUCCCAACUGCGAGAUGAGGAAGCAGGAGCAACUGACACCCAGACUGAAAGACAAACCCAGCCCCAAGCUUCCCGGGUGACCCCACAACAGCAACCGAGGAAGUGAAUCCAGGUGGCUCCAGCCAUUUUCUGCUCAGUGCCUCUAUCUGACAGGAGGAAUCCCUGCCCCCCCCCACUUUGAUGAUGGGCCCACCUCUGCCCUGCCUCAUCCUGCUGCUGUGCUUCACACUCACUUUUCCCGACCACUCCCAUGCCAUGGAGCUUCCUGCCGUGACCCUCUCUGACCCCAACUUUGCUCUGGCCUUGGAUGUGACCUUUGAUCCCAGGACUUGGAGCCUGUACUGGGCAUGCCAGGAGAACAUCACAGUGACAUCAUGUGUUGCCACGGAGCCCCUCCUGUCGGAGGGGAAACCAAGGCACAGGCGGAUCCGAGCAAGGAAAUGUGUCUGCCAGUUCCAGCCGAUGGUCCUGCACCGCGGGCUCACGCUAGAGGUCAAUGGGACUGUCAAUCACCAGCCAGCAUACCGAAAACUGAACUAUGUCAAUGCUGGCCUGGAGGGCUCAGCCGCAGAGAAUGUGACAUGCAUCAUCCGCAAUGCGAGCAUCAUGACUUGCAACUGGGGGGUGGGACCCUCGGCGCCUGAUGACGUGCGUUACUUCCUGUACUUUCGUGAUGCUUCCAGCAGGGGGGGUGUAGCGGCAAGAGAGUGCCCCACCUACCUGGGCACUGACACACACCAUGGCUGCCGUGUGGACGAUCUGUCACUGCUGCCGCAUCGCAUCUACAUCAUUGUGACAGGGGUCAGCCAGGAGGCCGAAGUGCGGUUCCACGAUGUUAUCUUGAACAGCAAACUCAUCGAACAACUCAGCCCCCCGAGUGAUGUCACAGUGACUUGCAACGCAUCCCACUGUGAAGUCACAUGGUCACGGCCAAGGACCUGGGCCCGCCUCUCCUUCCGGGACUUUCAUUACGAGGUGGACGUGCAGAGACAGGAUGUUGAACCUGGAAGCUGGAACCCUAUGGUCCGAAUUUCCAGUGAGGAGCAAAACCACUUCAUCUUCCUGAGCCCCGAGCCCAGGCCAGGUCACGUGCUGCGCCUCCGGGCUGGCGAUGUGCGCAGCGAGCGCUGGAGUGACUGGAGCCCCCCACUCACUUUUGGCUGCCAAGAGAGCAGAAUUCCCACAAUGAACCUGUACUUGCUGCUGGCAGCCGGGACCCUGCUGUGUACUCUGGGGCUCGGGCUCCUCAGCAAAAGGUUUGUUAGGACCUGUGAGCUGUUACCCCGGAUCCCGGAGAUCAGGGACAAAGUGACAGACAACGAUCAAGUCAACUCUGAGGCCGUUCUCAUGAUAUCACCACUGUGUGGGCAAUGCCUGACAAGCAGAGUUAAGCUGAUCAUGGUGGGGCCACAGACCCAGAUCACCUGUCACUCAUACAAACAGACAUGGGAAAAGAUCCAGUUCGUGGGCUCGUGGGUGGAACUUGACACAUGAUAAUGACAGCGAUGGGUCCAUGACCUGCACCUAGGGUUCCCAUCCAUCAGAGAGUAAAGCAACAUGGGACACACUUCAGCUCCUGCACUUCCAGUGAUGUCACAGGCUCAUGUGACCUGGGCCUUGAAGAGGGUGGAGGAGAUUGUUGAGUGAAUACAUCACAUGCACAUGAGUGCGAGAAGCUAGAGGAAAGAGGAUGUUCCCUUUCUGAGUCAGAAUUCAGCCCCGUGGCGAUGACAUCACUCGUCCUGCAUGGAGCAAAGUCUUGGAACAAAAAUGAAAUGUUGCCCUUAAGCACCCCCACCAAGGGACUGACAUCCGAUCAGGGACCCACGCCCCAUUUAGUUGACUGUUUUAGAUAUGUUCUUUGACUUGGUAAUGGACUUCGGGGCUGAUUCUAAAUCAGAGUCUUUUUUCUUUUAUUAUGGGGAUAGAGCCUAAUUGUAGGGCAGUCUUUGUAAAUAAACAUUAGCAGAAAACUU